AUGUUCUAAUUGUAUGAGAAUGCUGAGAAUUCAACCUACUCUUUUGAGUUCAAGUUGGAUCUAACUUUGUUGAAUGUGUUGCGAGCAUUCACACACAAAGAUCAUGAAUUUUAGGAGGGAUAUUUGGAGUCAAUUUAUGCACUAUUAUACUACUAUCAGGGGAGACCAGAGAGUGAAUUGUUUUCAGAAUACUGCGCUUAGAAGGGAAAUCACACAAUAGAGUCUUUAAUAUUUUAGGUACAUUAUUAUAUUGGGUCUCUGGCAAAUUUAAAUUAACUCGUGGGAGUGCUGAAGGUAGAUGAGAACAAAGCUAUACCAUUAUCAAGAAGCGAUAUUAAUAAGAAAAAUAUCCUGUCUGUGCAUUCAAUCAGCGAUAGAGUGGGUUCAAUAAAUAGUAUAGUGUUGGUGAGCAAGUCUUAGACUGUGAAACCAGAGUAUCUCGAUUUAAGAGUGAAGAUCUGUACCUAUGAGAAUAAAGAGGAAGGCGUAUUUUCAAUUGAUUACAAUGUGCUCUCAUUGGCAAUACAAGCCAAGGGUAAGUUGGAUCCAUUGGUAGGGAGUCAUUUGGCAAAUAAAUUGAAUAAGAUGUUCAAGAUCAAUCUGAUUUAAAGUGGAGUGAUUCCUAGAUUACCAAUUGCUAUUGCAUCCAUAUUUGAAGAAAAUUUGAAGAAGAAUGGUACUAUGGUUAAGAUGGAGAGAAAGAAUGUUAAUGCAAUAAAAAAGUGGAUUGAAUACACAGCCAAAUAAUAUCCAGCAGGCAGUAUCAUAGUUUAGAGUACAACAUAUAAUUCAUGGCCUUAUCCUGCUUUAAUUUAUAAGCGAGGUACAGGUAGCAACUAUAUUCCUAUGACUUUUAUGGGAGAGGAAGAAGGAUUCGCAUUUCGAGAAAAAACAACUUUCAAUUAUGUGACAAAAUAUGAGAGUUCAGAAAUCAAAUUGUAAGAUCCAACUUAAUAAAAGACACCAUAGAGAUCACUCAAGAGAGCAAAAUCUUAUAUUCAAGUAAAUGAGGAUUACGGAUUUGGAUACAAUACAUUAACACAUCAAGUUUAAUUAUAGAUUGCAUAAUCACCUACCAAAUCCAGUAAGAGUGGCUAACCUGUAAGAGUACAAAGAGGUUCUAUUUUGUCAUAGAUGGAUAUCUCUAAUAUUGCAACAGCUCGGGAGAAUUUUAGAAGAGAAGUAGGACCAUAAUUUGGAUUCGAUUUAUAACAGAUUGGAAAACAUUAUGUUUACAUUAGACAAAUAAGGAAACAACAUAAAGUGUUAAGAAAUGGAUAGAUCGUAUCAUUGUCAGCUGAACAUAUGUAUGGAUGGCACACACAUGUAUUGGCAUUUGGUAGAUAUUCUAAAGAGGAAAUGGCAUUUGGUUGCAAUCAAUUUUAAUGA